UAAUUUCAUUUCUCAAAAACUCAAAGUUCAGUUUACGUACAUAAAAACUUUUCAGUGCUUCUAUUCAGCUUGUGUUUAAUUUAAAAUCUUCAAUGGCUGUGGUUAUUGAUACUGCUUUAAAGCUCGUAUUCGACGAGAUACUAAAACUAGUAGUGACACAAACUAUGCAAAGUGACAAAAUCAAAACGCAACUCAAACGCCUUGAAACUACUCUAAAGAGAAUAGAGCCAAUCUUUUUCGAAGGACGGAGAUUGAGCAAAGUGUUGGAUCGUCCUGAAGAAGAGACCACAAUGUUCAUUUUUCAUCUUGAGAAAGGAAAAGAGCUUGUUGUCAAUUGCUCCAGAAUCAAAUUCUGGAAUGUUUUCCAAAAGAUUGUUUAUUCAAAUAAGUUGAUUCGACUUAACAACGAGCUCUUGUGGUUCUUCCAGAUAGAACUGCAAGGGAAUAUGAUGAGCACUAGUAUGAGAAGUUUGAUUGGGAUCUAUGAUUUAUCAGCCAAAUUAGAUAAAGUCCUUUCAGCUGUUACUACUCAUGCGCUUGCGAAUCGCCAUUUGUGCAGGGUUCCAAGGCUUCCAGAACAUAUUGUUGGGUUCAAUGUGCAUCUUCAAGAGUUGAAGCGUAGGCUGCUCAAUUAUGACACCCAAGUGUUGGUGGUGUCAGGUCCUGGUGGUUGUGGAAAGACUACUUUAGCCAAGAUGCUUUGUCAUGACAAUGAAAUAAAAGAAGUAUUUGGCGAAAAUAUCCUUUAUGUUACGGUCUCUAGACAAUCCAGUUUUAAGAUCAUUAUCAACAAUAUAUUCGAACAUUACGGCAAAAAUCAUUGUGAGUUUCAAACUGAUGAAGAAGCCAGGAAUCAACUUGAAAACCUGAUAAAUGGAAUGGGACCAAAGAACAUGUUGCUAGUCUUGGAUGAUAUGUGGGCGGAAUCAGAGUCCAUUAUUCACGAUCUUAUGUUCCAAACACCUGGAUACAAGGUUUUAGUCACAUCAAGAUUCUUGUUUCCAAGGUUUAAUUCUUCUACACAUGCGUUGGGUUUGUUGAAUGAUGAAGAUGCAAGAACUCUUCUUUGCAACUUUGCAUUUCCAAGUGAUGGGAUUCCCAAUGUUACAGAUGAUCUCGUGAACAAGACUGUUAGAUUAUGUAUGGGACUGCCGUUGGCACUAAGUGUAGUGGGUGCUUCACUAUGCGGACAACCUGUGCUCAAAUGGAAAACAACUCUCAAGAAAUGGUCAGAAAGUGGAUCUAUUUUGGAGUCAAACAGCAGCAUGCUUCUUAGUCUGAAGUCUAGUGUUGAUGCACUAGAUGAGUUGCCUAUUGUUAAAGAAUGUUUUUUGGAUUUGGGUUCCUUUCCUGAAGACAAACGAAUUUCAGCCAUGGUACUUAUAGAUAUGUGGGUGGAAUUGUACAAUCUUGAUAAUGAGGGGAUGUAUACAAGUGAAAAUCUUCUUGAACUAUCAUUAAGAAAUCUCAUCAAUCUUGUUCCAAUAAGGAAAUAUGCCGGUGAACUAGAUGGCUAUUGUAACGAGCUUUAUGUUACACAACAUGGUUUGCUAAGAGAAUUAGUCAUCCACAUGAGUAGUCAAGAACCUGUUGUAGAAAGAAAACGUUUAUUCAUAGAAAUCCAUAGGAAUGAGUUUCCCACAUGGUGGCUUGCACAUAAAGAACAACUCAUCAAUGCUCGUAUCUUAUCUAUUUCAACAGAUGAAGCGUUCUACUCAAAUUGGUAUGAUCUACAUGCACCUAAAGUUGAAGUAUUGGCAUUGAAUAUAAGAAGUAAGGAUUACACACUACCUGAGUUCAUCAAAAGAAUGGGCCAAUUGAAGGUUUUAAUUGUUACAAGCUAUAGUGAUUAUCCUUCUCAGCUACACAAUCUUUCAUUUAUUGAGUGUUUGUCCAAUCUAAGAACAAUCAGAUUCGAACACGUUGCGUUAUCCACUAUUCAACCUAUCUUCGCAAUAAAGAAUUUGAGGAAAGUAUCAUUUGUUAUGUGUGAGAUAGGUGAUGCCUUGAUGAGUUGUUUCACCGAGUCUCCUUACAUAAAAUCAAAUAUAACAGAUCUUGAAUUCGAUAUGUGUUAUGAUAUGAAAGAACUACCGUCAGGACUUUGCAAUCUUGUUCAUCUUCGGAAACUCAGCAUCACCAACUGCCAAGAGCUUGAUGUUCUUCCUAAAGGGUUAGAGAGUUUGUCAAAUCUUGAAAUUUUAAGGCUUCAUUGCUGCACAAAGCUGCAAGAAUUACCUGAAUCUAUUGGAAGUUUGUGUAAUUUAAGUGUCAUUGAUAUAUCUGAUUGUCUCAGUAUAAGUGUAUUGCCUGAAGAAAUUGGUGAGUUAUGUGGCCUAAGAGUGCUUAAGAUGGACGGUUGUAGUGGGUUGCAAGAAUUGCCAAGAUCUAUUAGCAAAUUGUCGCAAUUAGAAGAUGUGAUAUGCGACGAGGAGACAUCAUAUUCGUGGAUGGAGUUUGAAGGCGUUAUUCGUAAUUUGAAGAUACAUGUUGUUGAAGAUGAUAGGUUUGAAAGCUUUAUGAAAAUAGUAAAGUAAGUUUUAUUGAUCCUAGGUUUCGUGAAGAAAAAUAUCUUAUAUAUUUUUAUAUGUUCAUGGUAUUAAUUACGUUAAACAUUUGAUGACAAUGUUAUUAUAUACGUUCCUUGUUGUAAGAAUAUUUAUGAAG